AUGUCAACCGAAUCGAAUCUUACGAGCGAACUACCACCCACUCCCAGUGGAUAUUUUAGCCAGAAACUGAUAGCGGUCAUCAUAUGGUGUGCUAUCUGCCUUGUGGGCGUGUGCGGAAAUACCUUAGUUCUCCUCGCAAUCUCCACCUCAAGGAGGCUACAGUCUCACAACAACCGCUUUGUUGGGUUUCUAGCUGUAACAGAUCUUCUUACCUGCCUCAUCAUGCCUGUACAAAUCGCUGCUCUCAUGGAGGCAAGGUCAAAGUUUUUCCAUAUAGCUUGCUGCGUGGCAGGUGUACUGGGAUACGUCACACUUGGAGCAAGUGCCUUCACGUUGGUCCUGAUUGCAUUUAAUCGCUACAUCUGCCUUACGCAAAGGCUUUCCGUCAAGAGAAGGCUGUUCUCGCGUUUCAAGUCAGCGGCAAUGGCUUCAUUUGGAAUUCUCUUUCCCCUAGGGAUCACUUUAGGAUUCGUGGUGACUGGCAAUGCGAGAACAGGUCUUCUCAGUGGUCUAUUCUGCACCAUUGUGUAUGGGCCCGUACUGGAUAUGGUGGCUGGCACAUUUCUUCUCGUAUGCGUCGUGGUGACACUCGUAUUCUAUCUACUUAUCGCUAAAACCGUUCGAUCGCAUUCUAGGAAGGUCGUCAUGAAUAAUCAGACACUUCGAGAAAGCAGCCCACCGUCAAAUCUCUCGAGGCCAAAUAAUUCAAACGAAUUGAGCAUCAAACAGGAAAAGUGUAACAGUACAGAUUGUGAUUCCGGCAAAUCAGGCUCAAGAAAGCAAUUGCCGUCCGCAAUCCAGUGGAAGGCGCUGCGAGUGCAGGAGUCUUCCACAUCCACUCCGGAUAAGCUUUUCAUUCCAGUGAAAAGAGUACCUACUGACAGACGCCCAACAUGCCAGAUUGCACAACCAAUCCCAACCGCCAGGUCUGUCAGUAUUUCCAGUAUCCAGGCCAUAAGCACAAUCGUACAGGAUCGAGAGGGCACAGAGACAAUGAGAUCUAACCAACGACGUGUCGGGCAACGGCCGAGAAUGUACGAAGCACCUGUACCGAUGAUCAAACUCGAGAAGGAAGUCACGAAGAACAUGAUCGUGAUCGUUCUGGCUUUCGUCAUUGCCAUCGCCUUCAUAUCUGUUAGCAUUCUCUUUCCACACAUACCUUAUAUCUACGACCUCUUUGCCUACGUUGUAUUUAACGCCAACAGCAGCAUUAAUCCAAUAAUAUAUGGCUGGAAGCACCCGCUUCUAAAGCGCACAUUCCGUCAUAUCUUGCGGUGGAGAUUAGAGGAAAUUGAUCAACCAACGAGGUGGGUCAGAAAGUGUAUAUAUUGA